AUGAUGAUAAGUGACACAGGUGAAGAUGCCAAAAGGGGAGAAAACGAGAGCGGUGAGGAGAAUGCAGAAAGUAGAAGUGACGAGGAGGACAUAAAAUAUAAAAAACCAGAUACGCACACAAAUUUUUGGAAAUCCUUCGGGCUUGGUACCAAGGCAGGGAAGCUCCUUUACAACCUCUACGGGGAGAAAAGCAAAAUAACCCCCGCCCUUAUCAGCACGAAGAGGGCCACUAAGGAUGAUCCACAGAUGAGUGAACCUGCCCAGGUGGAGAGGAGGCGUCCCCAAGUCAGCUACCCGGAGAUCAAAAAGCCCGUCCGGAAGGAACACCCUAUAGACACCAUACCGCACAAAAAACCACUGGCCAAAAUUUUAGAGGACACAAAAAACUACGAGUGCAUCAAAGAGCUUCCUGCACAGAUUGAACGAAAUCGAAUUUUGGAAAAAAAAAAACUCAGCGAGCUUUUCUUUGGUUACAAAUGUAAGGUUCUCCCCCCCAGUUGCUCUCCAGCCGUCUUAACAGACGAGGAGAGAAGGGAGGCAAUCCAAAGUGCUGAGAUGGCUUUCUCAGACAUGCGGAAUUCUAGUUGUAGGGAAGAUAACAUUAAGGAAGGAAUGAAGGUUUAUCAAGCCGAGUUGAUGACGGAACUGAGAGAGAAGGUGGACCAGUACAACGAGCUUGUUUCCCUUGGAGUGCCACACAAGGAGGGUGUCGCUCCGACGGACAGAGAGUGCAACGAAUAUGAAUAUAAAAAAAUUCAGCUAGUCAACGAAAUUGAGGCUUGUAGAAGGAAUAUUCAGAAGACGAACGCUGUGCUGGAUUCGUCCAAGUGA